UGCCAUCUGUGUCCCUUUGCCUCGGCCUAUGAGCGUCACCUGGAGGCCCACAUGCGAUCCCACACCGGGGAGAAGCCCUACAAGUGUGAACUGUGCUCCUUCCGCUGCAGCGACAGGAGCAACCUGUCCCACCACCGGCGGCGCAAGCACAAGAUGGUGCCGAUCAAGGGUACGAGGUCUUCCCUGAGCAGCAAGAAAAUGUGGGGGGUUUUGCAGAAGAAGACCAGCAAUUUGGGGUACAGCAGAAGGGCGUUAAUUAAUUUGAGCCCGCCUUCCAUGGUGGUGCAGAAACCAGACUACCUUAAUGACUUCACCCACGAAAUCCCAAAUAUCCAGACUGAGGCGUACGAGGGCAUGGCAAAAACGACUCAGAGCGGAGGGUUGCCAAGAGACCCACAAGACCUCAUGGUGGAUAAUCCUUUGAACCAGCUCUCCACCUUGGCUGGACAGUUGUCCAGCUUGCCACCUGAAAACCAAAAUCCAGCCUCUCCUGAUGUUGUUUCCUGUCAGGACGAAAAGCCUUUCAUGAUCCAGCAGCCUGCUGCACCUGCGGUAGUUUCAUCUGUGUCAGCAAAUAUUCCUCAAAACUCAUCUCCAACCAGCCCAGACCCUCGGCCUCCACAAAAUCAAAGGAACUAUAGUCCCGUGGCCGGGCCCAGCAGCGACCGCAGCGCCCACACCAGUACUCCCAGUAUAAGCAACAGCCAGCCAAGCACUCCGGCUCCAACCCUCCCAGUCCAGGACCCUCAGCUUCUGCAUCACUGCCCGCACUGUGACAUGUACUUUGCAGACAAUAUCCUUUACACAAUUCACAUGGGGUGUCAUGGAUUUGAAAAUCCUUUCCAGUGCAACAUCUGCGGGUGUAAGUGUAAAAACAAGUACGACUUCGCUUGCCACUUUGCAAGAGGCCAACAUAAUCAACAUUGACUGAGACAUGCUUUGGUUUAGUUUUUUAACAUAUUACAGUCUAUUUUUCAUACUUGCUGAUGGAAAGCUUGCACAUUCCCGUAUGGAAUAGUCACGUUAGUCGAUUGGAGAAAGGAGGUGAAUUUAUUUCCAUGUUGUUGUAAAACUUGCCAGGGAAAUUUCGUGUAGGAUUGGGUUGUUAUUUUAUAUGUAGCCUUUCCAAAAAAGCCAAGAGUGCUGUCAGGAUUGGAAUGCAUUUACAUGCUGUGGUUGCUAAAUUUAAGUUGCUUUCACUUCAUCCCAAUAAACAUUCUGCAAAUGGA